AUGUUCUCUUUAUCCUUCUUCCAGCUCCUUCCGUUGUUUUCUGCGAUACCCAAUGCAGUCUUUGCUCAACUGGAAGGUUGGUUUUUCUUCGCUUUAUUGAUAGUCGAGUCAAAAUAUUUAGUUUAAAUCAGAGGAAAAUCUAUGAAGAGGCCAGUUCAGGGAAGAUGAAGGCAAACAAGUUUUCCUCAUUAUAACGAUAUGCAUGUAAAACAACGCCCGCGGAUAGUAUUUUGUCACUAACUAACAUGGCUCUUUUUCUGUUUCGCUUGAUUAAUUACUUUAAAAAUCGCUGAAAAUUGCGGCCGGUAUGUUAGAGAAAUGUAUGACACUUCCUAAAAUUUAGGUUUUACUUUCAGCUAAGGUGUUUGAAUUCCAGUUCACAUAACGCGUUCAGUUUUAAAAGCCAUUCAUACAGCCAGGAACUCCCUAAAUUAAGAGAUGUCUUAUAUGCACGACCCAUGCAUUCUAAAAAUUUUAAAACCAUUCUUUCUUAUAAAUGAUUCUUCAGAAUUCACCACCAUGUAUCAUCACAGCCUUCGUCAAGAUGUCUUUAUAAAGGAAGAGUACUAUUAUUUAAACGUUCCUAAAGUUGGAACAUUCACAGUGUAUGACAGCCUUGACUGCACCUUUGAAUGCCUCGGCAAUCCUUCCUGUUUGUCCUUCAACCUGGCGGCUUACAAAGGAGCAGAUGGAAAGUUGCGGUGUGAGUUGUUAUCCUCAGAAAAGUACAGCAGUCCUGAGGAAUAUAAAAGGAACGAGAGUUUC